AUGCAAAAAUUAUACGCUUUCGUUUUACUGCUGGUCGCAGUAGCUGCCAGCACCAGUAAUGCUGCUGGCUAUGACGACGAUACCUUCGGCCAAAUAUUCUGCAGUAACAGGGAAAACGGAUUGCGAACUCUCAUACCGGGCAGCUGCUCAAAAUUCGUCGAGUGCCAAAAUGGUGUAGCCGUACAAUAUAGGUGCCCCAAGUACUACGACUUCAAGAUAAGAAGUUGUGUUUCGUACAACCCCGGCUGUACCGAGACAAUUUCCGAAGUUUCCGCUGUCCGCCCAGUUGCCACAGCAGAUGCGACACCAUGCGUUACAACUGCAACACCGGCAACAACACCAUGUGUAACGACGGUGGCCCCAACAACGGUGACCACCCCAUGUGCAUCAACGGUGGCCACACCAGCAAGCACACCGUGCUCGACUGACGUAACAACAACUGCUACGACUUCAGCUACAACAGCAGCUACAACGACUUGCACCACAACAACUUCCACAACAACUUCUACCACAACUUCCACCACAACUUCCACCACAACUUCCACCACAACUUCCACCACAACUUCUACCACAACUUCGACCACAACUUCCACCACAACUUCUACGACAACUUCCACUACAACAACGACUUGCACCACAACAACUUCCACAACAACUUCCACAACAACUUCCACAACAACUUCUACCACAACUUCCACCACAACAUCCACCACAACAUCCACCACAACUUCGACCACAACUUCUACGACAACUUCCACUACAACGACGACUUGCACCACAACAACUUCCACAACAACUUCUACCACAACUUCCACCACAACAUCCACCACAACUUCGACCACAACUUCUACGACAACUUCCACUACAACAACGACUUGCACCACAACAACUUCCACAACAACUUCCACCACGACAUCCACCACAACUUCGACCACAACUUCUACGACAACUUCCACUACAACAACGACUUGCACCACAACAACUUCCACAACAACUUCCACCACGACUUCCACCACAACAUCCACCACAACUUCGACCACAACUUCUACGACAACUUCCACUACAACAACGACUUGUACCACAACAACUUCCACCACAACAUCCACCACAACUUCGACUACAACUUCGACUACAACUUCUACGACAACUUCUACUACAACAACGACUUGCACAACAACCACUUCCACCACGACUUCCACCACAACUUCCACCACGACUUCCACCACAACAACGACUUGCACUACAACUACUACCACGACAACAACUACAACGACUUGCACGACAACUACUACAACAACUACUUGCACCACAACGACUUGCGAAACAACAACGACCCCCUGCGAGACAACAACCACUCCAUGUCAGACAGUUGUAACAACCUGUGGUUGCCAAACAGAAACCACACCGUGUCAAACAACCACAACCUGUGAAACAACCACAGUCUGUCAAACGACCACAGUCUGUCCACCAACCACUACCCCUUGUCCCAGCAGUGCAGCAGCUGGUGCAGCUGGUGCAGCGGCUCAAUCAAACCGCUAUCUUGCCCGUCCCCGGCCAAAUCGUCCAAUCGUGAUUGAAGCAGGUGCUAUGCAUCAGACCCAACAAUCCUUCUCCGGUAUUACUACCCAAGCUACAGCCCUAUGUCUCGGCAAGCCCAAUGGUUUCCUAAUGGCCUCACCUACUAGUUGCAAUGACUACUAUAUCUGCCGUCACCAGCAGGCAUUCUUGGUUAGCUGUGGCAAAAAAUUCUUUAACGGACAGAAGGGUAUUUGCGAUUUACCUGAGAACACAAGCUGUGUUCAAUCGAAAUUGGAUCGCCGCCUAUCCCAGCCAUGA